AUGGCGCUCAACGGUCCUGGCGUCCACCGUCGUACACGCGAGCAUGAAGCAGAAGAUGCCUCAAACAUUACCAAAAACUUCCUCGCCGAAGCAUGGAGAUCCUGGCCCAACGAAGCUGCCUUUGACCGCCUUGAAGAACAUCGCGGUCCUCUUCGCCUCACCGUCAAAGGCUCUAUGCCCUCCUGGGCUGCUGGUACACUCUACCGUACCGGCCCAGGCCAAAGCCGCGUAGAAGACACAUCUCGUGGAACACAUUUUACGACACACUGGUUUGAUGGCUUCGCGCAGACACAUCGUUUUGACAUUGUCCCUUCUGAAGAUGGCGAGACACAAGUGUGGUACUCGUCAAGAAGGCAGGCAGAUGAAUGGGUCGCCGAUGUAAAGAAGAAAGGAUGGCGGUCGGGUAUGACUUUUGGCCAAAAGGCCGAUCCCUGUGUUGGAAUCUUUGCCAAAGUCAUGACCGUAUUUGAGCCAAAGCUGGGAAACCAUAAUGUUGCCCUCUUGGCUAACAUCCCUGGCUUGUUGGAUGACGAGAAGGGGGUGGAUGAGAAAGCAAACGGUGCCACUGGCCCUCUCGGACAUCGCGUGAACACGAGUAAUCUCUUUGUCGCUACAGACUAUUCAGGAAUGCGUCGAAUAGACCCAUCCACUCUUGAACCUCUGGGCGAGACCACGCAGAGUCAUCUUCAUCCUUCUCUUAGCGGUCCCUGUUCAUGCGCCCACGCUCAGCGUGAUCCAGUCUCGGGAGACAUGUUCAACUUCAAUCUUGCCUUUGGCCGCGUCCCUACCUAUCGAAUCUUUCGAGUUAAUGCUUCUUCUGGAGAGACUGAGAUUCUUGCCACAAUCUCUGAUCUCAACGUCCCCCCUGCGUACAUGCACAGUUUCUUCCUCAGCGAAAACUACGUUAUCUUGUGCAUACCUGCAUCGCAAUUUGCAUGGAGAGGACUCAAGACGCAAUGGGAGGGCAAUAUCAUUGAUUCAAUGAAACCGUUUGACAAGGGCAGAGAUUGCAAGUGGCUCGUCGUUGACCGACGGCAUGGAAAGGGGCUUGUGGCAACCUUUUCAACACCAGCUGCAUUUUUCUUCCACAGCAUCAACGCAUUCGAAGAAAAGGUGAAAGACGAACAAGGCAAUGAGCGCACACAUCUUUUCGUUGAUCUCGCCAAAUACGAAAACAUGGAUAUCAUCAAGGGCUUCUACUACGAUGUUAUCAUGGAUCGAAACGACGCCACCAAGAAGUACUGGUUCGAGAACCAACGCUACAAGAACUGCGCACCAACACUUACAAGAUAUCGCUUCACUUUGCCUUCAAGACCUACGCCUGAUAUGUCUUUUGCAUCCAAAGGAGAACAAACACUCGCCAUUCCCAGCCCACACACAGGCGAACUUCCUUCUAUACACCCACUACGUGUCGGUAAGCCCUACCGAUAUGUCUACAGCGCUGCACUACGUGGUCUGACAACCGGGGUAGAUGCUCUUGUCAAGACAGAUUUAAAGACAGGCGAUGCGCUUCUAUGGACGGGACCCCAAGGUCACACCCCUGGAGAACCGGUCUUUGUUCCAAGACCGGGAGCAGAGGAUGAAGAUGAUGGAAUCGUUUUUAGUUUGGUCGUUGAUGGAGGCGCCGAGACAGCGUAUAUAGUGUGCUUGGAUGGCAAGACGAUGGAAGAAAUGGGAAGGGCAGAAGCUGAUUUUGCCAUCGGGCAGGGAUUCCAUGGCAUUCAUAUACCCACUGCUUAG